AUGACUUGGGCACAAGUUAGCGAAAGGAAAUUCGAUAACGAAAUCAAGAACACGCCCGAGAAUGUUGGUCCUGGCCUCUACGAUAUUACUCCAGUUUUAGGAAAUAAAAGGGCAUUGAAAGCUCCAUUUGGAGCAAAAUCUGAUCGUAUACUCUUUGUUCCACCAAAAGAUCAAGUUCCACCACCAGGCUCUUAUAAUGUAACAUUACUUGAUAACGAUAUAAAAAUCACAUCCGUUUUUCAUUCCGGAACUAAAAGAUCAUUUUUUGAUCCACAGAAAACUCCAGAUCCAACUCUCUACUCAAACAUUAAUCAAUGGGGUCAAGUCAAAGCUAAAAAACAGAUUUACAAGCGAACAAUGCCAAAAAAUCGUCCAAUGACAACAUUUUUUGGACAAAAAGGAAUAAAAGGAUACACAACAAACAAAAACGGCGAUUGGGUUCCCAUCAAAGAACCAGAGAGCAAACCAGAAGAUUUAGGACCUGGAACUUACGACCCAAUUUAUAAAGUUGACACUUCGAUUAAAGUUUCAUUGGAUCAGCAUGCAGGCCGUGACAUUUUCCAAGCAAGAAGCUCACAACCAGGCCCAGGAGAAUACAAUCCUGAUAUAGUUAACAAAAGAAAGUUAUUACCACAAAUCGCAAGGACACUAUCUCCUUCUCAACCACAAUCAGAUGUUGCUGAGUUCAUCUCUCCAGCUCCUUGGGUUGACGAAUCGUUAGUUGGUCGUCCAACUUCUCAAUUCAGAUCUGGCGAUAAAAGAGAUGUAUUUCAAGUAUCAUCAAGUACUCCAGGCCCAGCAACAUACUACAGAACAUCCAAACUACCUCAGGAAUACUACGAUAACUCAUGUUUCGGAGUUCGUGCCAAACGUAAGUUCCUUGACAUUACUAGUGAUACUCCAGGCCCAGGAACAUACUCUAUCCGCGAUAUACCAUCGAUGACUAACUCUGCAAAGAUCCAUUCCCGAUUAAAUCCAAUCAAAUCAAACUCAAUGGAAUUUCCAGGCCCAGGACAGUAUAAAACAACCAAAUCAUUACUCGGAAAUACAAACAGACCAUCGUCUGUCUUUGCAAGUAAAGUUUCAAGAGUAUCUGAUCCAUCAACUGAAGUUCCUGGCCCAGGAAGGUACACACCGCUCAUCACUGACACUAGCAGACAAGUUCCUAUCGCAAUUUCGGAGAGAACUGGCGGAGAAACUUGGAUUAAUAGGACACAGAUGGAAAAUCCGGAUCCGACCGCUUAUCAAAGUAUCCUUCCAACGUCCAAUGGAAAGGGAGUUACCAUUUCCAAACUGGAUAGAGACACAAAAACAGCGGAUAAUACACCAGGACCUGGCCAGUAUAAUGUUCUUCAUAAGACAUUCAUCAGGAAAUCAUUCAACAGUGCAGUUUCAAAGUUGGAAGAUGAUGAGAUGUAA